UUUGUAGACGGUUCCUCGGUUGAAGUAUGGCUGGUCUCGGUGCAUGUGUAGAUCAGAUCGACCGAUUCGAAUCUGACCUCAUUGAGCUCUGAAUCUGCAUCAGAUCUGAAAUACACGUACAGAGCUCAGCAUGGAGGACAGUCUUGAGAAACAGAGCAAAGAAGUGGAUGUUUAUCGAGACACAUGGGUCCGAUUUCUAGGUUAUGCUAAUGAGGUGGGCGAGGCAUUCCGCGCGCUCGUGCCCGUCAGUGUGGUGUGGGCGAGUUACGCAGUCGCCACGGUAUACGUGUCCGCAGACGCGGUGGACAAAGGCAAGAAAGCUGCAACGGUUCAUGGAGAGAAUCCAGGAAAGACAGCGAGAGUGACGGUGGCCGUGGUUGACACGUUUGUGUGGCAGGCUUUAGCUUCAGUCGCCAUUCCUGGAUUCACCAUCAACCGUGUGUGUGCUGCUUCUCUGUUCCUGCUGGGAAAAACAACACGCUGGCCACUUCCUGUACGCAAGUGGACCACCACCGCCAUCGGCCUCUCCACCAUCCCCUUCAUCAUCACUCCUAUUGACAGGGGUGUGGAUUUGCUGUUGGAUUCGAGUGUGCGGAGAGUCUACGGUGACAGUGAAAAACAUGAAUGAGCAUCAGGAUUUUGACCUCUGACCCCAGCAGCUUCAGUGACCAGCAGGUCUUCAGCAUUUUAAUAUUCACUGAACAUCUGGAGUUGUUUUUUAAUGAAUUGUGCCUGUCAAAUAUCUUCAUUGCCCUGUUUGAGUUAUAGUUUUAUGGUUUUGUUUAUGUUGUUUAUGUCUUGUUUGUUUGUUUGUUUUUGCAUUGUUGUGUUUUUAGAUAUUUACCUUUCUGUUUAAUGCAUGGAUUAAAGUGAUCUUUAAAGUGAAUAUGAUUGAAAAUGUUAAGGUGUCAAGGUGAAUAUUAUUGCCUGUAAUGAGAAGCAACAUUGUGAAGAUGUUGUAUUAUGUGGGGUUUUUGUUGUGUUCAUCAUUUGCUGUGAACCGUGUGGAAUAAUAUUAAGAAUCAAAGCUUUUCGACUCUAUGCAAGUUGUUUCAAGGGACGAGAAAACGGGGCAUUGAAUAAUAAAAGAUCAUUUAAGCAAAUGUUUGGUGCUUUUCUGGGGUUUAAUGUGACCGGCGUAAGAUGAGAAUAAAAUCAAAAGUCUUGUCAUGUAUGAGGUAUGUCAGGGUCAUGAACAUGAUGAAGUGGGUAAAUGUUGUUUGUAUGAUUCAAUAAAACUGUCGGAAGGAA